AUGGCCGCUCCAGGUUGCACCUUCGAGCCUUCGGAGCAGGAGCUCACGGACAUCUGCCUCCACGGCAAGAUCACCGGCGCCGGCCGCGACGUCGGCGCGAUCCACGUCGCCGACGUGUACUCCGCCGAUCCCGAGACUCUGGCGAAGUCCUUCGCGCCCGCGCCCGGCACCGGCAGAGGCGACAAGGAGCCCGAGUGGUACUUCUUCAGCCCCGUGCACUACGCCAGCAAGAAGAAGAACUCCGGGAGGCGGGCGCGCAUCAUCGGCGGCGACAGCAACAAGAAGUGGCACUCGGAGAUCGGGGCGGUGCCCGUGGAAGGGAGCGCUGUCGGAGGCCACAAGGUGAAUCUCACGUACAUGGUCAGGAGCAAUGCGUCGGAGAAACACGAAAGGGCUGGGUGGAUCUUGGCCGAGUUCGGGAUCGCGCCCGAGCAUGGCGGCGGCCAACUCGAGCUCUGCAAGCUCCACCGCUCGCCCCACUUCCAGGAGACGGCGGCUGGUUCCAAGAAGAGGAAGGCCGCGGCCGCUGACGAGCUGUACGCGGCAGAUCGACGCAAGAACCUGUGUCUGCGACAAGAAAUGCCUGAGGAGCUUGAGGAGAUGGAGACGAUGGAAGGCGGAGCGGCAGCGGUGGAUCUGCAAGAAGAGCCGGUCCUGGAUGACACGGCUCGCUGGAUGAUGUAUCUGGAGACGCAGCGCAUGUACUUCUCCGACGACAUCCAAGGCACGCAGCAGCAGCAACAGGUGCCGAUCCUCGACGACACGUGGCGCUUGGCGCUUGAGGAGAUCGAGCGCCAGUUGCUGUCCGACGACGAGACGUUGGGCGGCGCCGGACAAGUGAUAGAUCCGGCCGAGGAAGAUGAAAGCGGCGCUGGCAUGGAGCAGCAGCAGGGAGGAGGAGGAGGAUGCGAUGAUGAGGACGACGCCCGGAUGGAGUGCACGUACGAGGAGCUGUUCGGCAUCGACGGCGACGUAGAAGAUGACUACAUGGCGAUGGCAUCCAAUGCGGCGGCGGCGGCGGCGUGUGAGGGUCAGCAGUUGCACGUGGCGGCGGAGGGCUGCAUCCAGGUCUCCAGGAGCUGA